AUGAGCAACAGCAACGACGGUUGGGGUUCACAAGAUGGUGGCUGGAAUGCUCCACAUCAGAGUCGAAAUCGUGGUGGCAACAACAACAGCAGAUCUGGUGGCAAUAGCUGGGCCGACUAUGCUCGUUCAAAUACGCGUGGAGGCAUGCGUCAAGGACACGACAAUCGAUCACGGCAAGAUCAUGAAGGAAGAGGACGCGGACGCGGACGUGGAUCACGAGGCCGUGGUGGUGGUAGAGGGAGCCACAAUAACUCAGGAUGGGGUGCUUCACAACAACCUUCAAGUGCGGGAGGAAGUUGGGGUGAUUCUAGUGCUUCAUGGGGAAACAAUACGACCCAAGGCAGCAGUACAUGGGGUACUCCUACAAAUAGCCAAGGAUCCUCAGGAGGCUGGGAAAGUACAACCGAUUCAAGCGGAUGGGGAAACAAUGAUCGCCAAAGUAACGCUGAAGCAGUCGGAUGGGGUGAUAAGGACUUGAACGGAUGGGAUGCAGUGAAAGCAAGUCGUGAAAAGCCUUCGAAUGCAUGGGCGAGUGAGAAGAAAGCAUCCGGCUGGGGAUCAGGUACCACCACGGCUCGAUCUCAUACCACCAGCAAUACCGAUAAUGAUGGUUGGGGAAGCAAGGCAGCAUCAACAAGUGGCAAUUGGGGCAAUGAUACUGGCAACCAACAACACAAUGACGGAUGGGGAAGCAAGGCAGCAUCAACAAGUGGCAAUUGGGGCAAUGAUACUGGCAACCAACAACACAAUGACGGCUGGGGAAGCAAGGCAGCAUCAACAAGUGGCAAUUGGGGCAAUGAUACUGGCAACCAACAACACAAUGACGGCUGGGGAAGCAAGGCAGCAUCAACAAGUGGCAAUUGGGCCAAUGAUACUGGCAAUCAACAACAUAAUGACGGCUGGGGAAGCAACGACAACAAUGCCACUGCUGCUGCAACAGAAACCACCAGCGAAUGGGAUAAGCCGAUUGAUUCCAAGUCCAGCUUCGGUGUCUCUGGUACCUGGGGUAAUAUGAAGCUCACGGAGCCUGCAUCAUCAUCAACCAAGAAUGAUUAUCGAGGAACAUGGGAAAAUGGUGUACACAAGCUUGCGCCUCGAGAUGAGAAGAUGGAACUUAAGCUCUUUGGAACGGCUGAUGACCAUGAGAAUAUGCACACUGGAAUCAACUUUGAUCAGUAUAAGAACAUCCCCGUUGAAACCACAGGCGACAAUGUUCCUCCUUGCAUUGAAAAGUUCACCAGUCCUCCCAUUGAUGAGCACCUAUUGAGCAACAUCCGCCUCGCUCGUUAUACGACACCUACGCCUGUACAAAAGUAUGCCAUCCCCAUUGUUACUGGAGGCCGUGAUCUUAUGGCAUGUGCACAAACAGGUUCUGGAAAGACAGCAGGCUUCUUAUUCCCGGUCUUAUCCAAUUUAUUCUUCAAUGGACCUACCACCCCACCUAAGAAAGCUACCAACAAUGGCUAUCGCAGAGCAUAUCCAGAAGUCCUUAUCCUUGCACCAACUCGAGAAUUGGCAUUACAGAUUUAUACGGAGGCUAGGAAAUUCACUUAUCGCUCAUUUGUACGACCAUGUGUGGUGUAUGGUGGUGCUGAUAUUGGUAUGCAAUUACGUCAGCUGGAUCGUGGAUGCCAUUUGCUCGUUGCCACUCCAGGUCGUCUUGUGGAUAUUCUCGAACGUCGUCGUGUAUCACUUGCCAAUGUCCAUUAUCUUAUCCUUGAUGAAGCGGAUCGUAUGCUUGAUAUGGGUUUCGAACCACAAAUUCGACGUAUUGUUGAGGAAGAAGAUAUGCCCCCUGUGGCUCAACGUCAAACGCUCAUGUUUUCAGCAACCUUCCCAGAAGACAUUCAGCAUCUCGCACGUGAUUUCCUCAAAGAAUACGUAUUCCUGUCAGUAGGUCGUGUUGGUGCAACUUCGGAAAAUAUUGUUCAGACAUUAUUGCUGGUGGAAGAAGGAGAGAAACAAUCCAUGAUUGUAGACGUUCUCAAGGAUGACAAGGAGCAAGGGUUGACGAUCGUAUUUGUUGAAACGAAGCGUAUGGCGGAUAUGGUUUGUGACCAUUUGAGGAGUAAUCGACUUCCAGCCACUGCCAUCCAUGGUGAUCGUACGCAGAUUGAACGGGAGGAAGCCUUACAAGCAUUCAAAUCGGGAGCUGCGCCUAUCAUGGUGGCUACUGCUGUUGCUGGACGUGGUUUGGAUAUUCCGAAUGUGACACACGUUGUAUCUUUCGACUUGCCAUCAGACAUUGACGACUAUGUGCAUCGUAUUGGACGUACAGGACGUGCUGGAAACGUGGGUCGUGCCACUACAUUUUUCACCAGAGGCAAUCGAUUCCUUGCACCACGUAUGCUCAAGCUCCUAAAAGAAGCCAAGCAAGAGAUUCCAUCAUGGCUAGAAGAAUUGGCACAAGAAGCUGAAUCGGCACCUCCACCGCCUAUGGGAGGAUUUAGAGGUGGUCGUGGUGGAAGACGAAACGGUGGACGACGAAGACAAGAUGACGAUGACGAUUUCGGUGGUUUUGGUCUUCGGCUUUCCAAUGUCAAAUUCAAUUAG